UAUACCUACCUACUGUGUGCAGUAGUUUUGCACAGAGCAGCCUGGAUUCUCCUAUUCUCAGGUCCCCCGCAGGCUCUCCUGGCCCCUCCCUCUUGUUGGGUGCCCCCGCAGCAAGCUGCUUGCUAUGGGGGCGCCCACUGCUCUGUGUGUCCAUUCACACAUGGAGCCAGUUUCCAAAUGGUCAGUCCGACCCUGGCCGAGGCUAUCGUUCACAUCGCUGGAUCGUGAUGGGGCUCAGGUAAGUAUUGAGGGGGCUGGGGGGAUGCUACACACAGAAGAUUUUUUUACCGUCAUGGAUAGAAUGCAUUAAGGUAAAAAACCUUGGGCCUUUACAACCUCUGUAA